GGCCAUAUUGAAAAUUGUCUGUUGACAGCAGUUAUAUCUGAAUAGAUAUUUGUUUUACCUAAGUAAUUUUAGGAAGAAAGUCCUGCUGUGUUUUAAUUGUGUUUCGUUGAGAAUCAUGUCCUAAAACUGGUUACUGCUGAAUUUAAAAUCAGCCAUGGAUGAAGAUGAACGACAAAGGAAAUUAGAAGCUGGGAGAGCUAAGAAAUCCUCCAACAUUCCUCGGAGUCGGUCGCUUGCUAGCUUCAGACAGAAGCGGGCGAAAAGCGACAGUGCGGGGACGGCGAAAAAGACGCAGAAGAGGAAGGGCCAGACUGUCUCGAAGAAUGACAACUCGACGCAAGACCGUAACGUAGAACCAGCUCCUUUAUCGGCCAGAGCUACAGGACCAGACGAGUCCGGCCAUGAGGAGGCCCCAGAGAAAUCAGAGGUUCAGCAGAAGAAGCACCAGGAGGAUCUGGCCUCCUCCUCGGAGCAGAACUCCUCUCCCCUGGAGGACUUGAGAGCAGAGGAGCUUGCUGCUCUUACUGGAAAAGAGCAUCUUGAGCAAUUACAGGAGGCUGUUGAGAAGCGAAACGAAAUAAUUGCCAAACUUAGCUACAACCUUCAGGAAGCCCUGGUGAGUAGAGACCAGGUGCAGCUGGAGGCCCAGUCGCUCGCUGGGCAGAUUCAGGCUCUGCAGAAACAGAUCCAGCAGGCCAGCGUAGAUUUUCUACGGAUUAAAGGUCCGUCAGGGCCUGACGUUUGUAGAGAUGCAGAACAUCACCCUGAUUUUUCUUCCCAACUCCCAAACAUCAUCGAUCACAAGGAAGGAACGUCAACGGAAUCUGGAAAAGCACGUCCUGGAGGCCUCAGCUCUGACAGUAACGCCGUUGUGCUUAAGCUGAUGACUGAGCUGGAAGAAGAGCGGAAGAACAGCCGCCGCAAAAGUGAAGAACUAGCAAAGGAGACAGAGAAACACCAACAUGUGCUUUUGUUACUGGAGGAGGAGCGGCGAGGGAGGGAGGAGGAGUGGAAAGAAAGGGAGGCGCAUCUGCAAAGCCUUCAGAUCCAGUUAAGCCAAGUCCAAACCGAUUGCCUUGAGAUGCAGCAGCACAAGGAGGAAAAGGAGAAGCUGAACAAAGAAGUGCUGCAGCUGAGGAAGAAGCUUCAGGUGGAGGAAGACGCAGAGAGGAGGUUUAGUGAGGAAGUUGCCAACUCCGCUCUGCGUCUUCAAGCUCUAGAGGAAGAAAAACUGAGACAGCAGGAGGAGAUGAAGGAGCUCAAAGAAGAGGUUGAGCAUUUUAGGCAGCUGCUGGAUGAAAGUGGGAGAGAACUUAAGAAACGAGAGGAGGAGGUUGAAGGACUUAAAGCUUCAAAGAAUCACGAGAACCGAGCUAAAGCGGGUUUUAGUGCUGAGAGGAUUAGUGCAGAUGAGUCCCUACCUGGUGACCUGCUGAUGGAGCGUUACCUGUCUUCAGCUCCUCCUGCACAUUCAGGGCUAAAUGAAAGCUUUGGACGCUGUAGUGAACUGGACGUGUCUGCAGACUGCAGUUUUGAGCUCAACAGUGAUGUUUUUGGAGAUCAGCCUCUGCUGUCGAUUUCUAACCGAGUCUAUGCAGACGACCAGAGCGUCGUCAGCUCACAGGACCGUGUCCCAGAAGCUGUCCACUCCAGUCUUCAGUCCCUCUCUCAGUGGCCUCACAACUCCACCUCUGCUGAGACGGAGCUCAGCCAGAUGUCAGAGCGGCAGUUUGGAGAGAUGGACUUGGAAAAACAGUUACUGAAUCAGCAGUGUGAGGAGUUCCGCGAGGAGCUGGCUCUGAAGGAGCGUGAUUUGGGUGUGUUAAGGGAGGAACUCAUGAAGAGUGCAGAAGAGCUGGAGGAAGCACGGAGAAGGUGGGGUCAAGUAACAGAGGAGCUCAGACAAGCUCUCUGGGAGCUCGAGGAGGAGAAGGAGCAGAGAAGACGCAUCGAGGAAGAGAUGGACCUGAAAUCCCAUGAAUCAGAAAGCCUCGUAAACAAAGUCGGUGCCUUAUUGGACGAAAUGGAAAAUGAAGAUGCGGACAUGUCGCCGGGACGAGAAGCUGAAACCUCCAUGUUGGUUUUACCUUCCUCUCAAUCACAGGAGGGAGAUAAACUAGUGGGGGAGGUAAAUGAGGGGAGAGAGGAAGAUGUCACCCUCUCCUCUCAUUUGAAUCAGCAGGAGGAUGAGACGAGUUCAGACUUUGCCAAAGAUGCCACAAAGACAGGAGAUGAUGUCCAAAUAGAAGCAGUACAGGCUCACUGCCAGCAUCUCGUAUCAAAGUUAGAGGAGACAGAAAGUGAACAGGAAACCACGUCAGCCUUGUUAAGUCAGAAGUUGAUGGAGCUCAGCGAGCUCUCACGAGAGCUUGAGACUGCCCACGAGCACGUUUCAGCCGUCCAAUCAGAAGUGGAAGGACUGCAGCAGGAGCUGCUUCAGAGCCGCGACGCUCUGGAGCAAGCUGAGAAAGAAAAGGCCAAGCUGGAAUCUGAAAUGUCCACUCUGAGAAAGAGCCUUGUCCAGCUGGAGGACGCCCAGGCUCAGUCUGUGAAGCAGAGGGAGGAGGACAAGCGGAAAGAACAGCAGAUGGACGAACAGAUCAAAAAGAUGGAGCAGGUCCUGGAGGAGGAGCUCGAGCAGUUUGAGAACAUGCUGAAAGCCAAGGAUGUUGAGUUGGCUGAAGAGAGGGAGAAAUGGGAGGAAGAGAAGCAGGAGAAGGAAAAACUCCUAGGACAGGUUAAGGAGAAGGAAGAGGAGGUGAAGAGUCUCUCUGAACAACAGCUCCUGGCUGUGGAGGAGGCUACUGCUAAGCUAAAUGCGUCUCACCAGCAGGAGAUGAAAGACCUGAUGGAAAAACAUCACCAAGAGGUUUCUGAGUUAAAAGCCCACAUGGAGACGAAGCUGCUGGAGCAGCAGGUCAGGAUGGAAGAAGAACAGAAGAGACAGAUCAGCCUAAUCAAGCAGGUGACGGAGCGCGAGCAUGAGAGGAUGACAUCAGAGCUGAAUGCCAAACACGAGGAGGAGCUCCAUCAGCUGAGGACAGAUGUGGCCUUGGAGCUGCGAGAGAGCAUGGAAGCUGCUCACCAGGCCGAGCUGCAGCAGGCACAAGCCCAAAAGAGCUUGGAGUUUGAAGCCUUACGCUUGAGCCUGACCACUGUCCACAUGUCUCAACUGGAGCAAGAUUCAGCUCUCAGCCCGGUCCAACUGUCCAGGAGGGAGACCCUCACCGUCCUUCCAGAAGCUCAUCAGGAGGAGCGAGGCGGAGCCCAGAAGCUUCAGCCAGAGUCGGAAGAACUGAAGCAGCAGUGGGAGAUCUUUGUUCCACAGGACAGAGCUUUAAUGGAGGAAUGGCACAAGAAAGAAAUCCAGGCUGUCGGAGCUCAGUGGGAGACGGAAGCUGAGAGAGACGCUCAGAAGUCUGUAGAGAUCCAAAAUAGUCUUAAUGCCACUCAGACAGAGCUGAGCAGCACCCAGGCAUCUCUCGCAGAGACCAGUGCAGCUCUAGGAGACGCCAGAGCGGCACUGUCUCAGACCCAAUCAGAGCUGGAGGAGACCAAAAGCAGGCUGCAGGAACUCCAAACUUCCACCAAAGUGCAAAUUCACAAACUAGAAGAAGAACUAAAACUCGCCUGGAAUGGAGACGCUGCUUCCCAGUCUUUGGAGGAGUUGGUGUGUACACACAAGUCGGAGCUGCAGGAGAAGGAGCAGCAAGUACACCACCUUGAGGAGAAACAGCAGCAUCUUCAGCAGGAGGUUUUGCGCCUGGAGGAGGAGAAGGUGUCUCUGAAACAGAGCUGGGAACAGGAAGUAGGUCAGCUGUGGGCCCAGUUGGAGAGCAUGAGGACUAGUCGUCAGGAGCUGGGAGAGCUCAGGGAGCAGCUUUUGGCUCGUUCCUCUCAUGUUAACGACAUUGAGUGCCUUAAGACGGAGUUUAAUGAGCAAAAGCGAGAAAUCAAAGCACAGAAUGAGGCUGAGCUGGAAAACCUCCGGAGUUACUUUGAGAAGAGGCUGCGUGCAUCGGAGGAGAGCUACAAAGAGGAAAUCGCUCUGCUUCAGCUGAGGCUUGUAGAAAGUGCCUUGGAGGAAUCCGUGCUUAAAACAACGGAUGACGAUAUUUUGUCUCAAGCCAAAGCUGAAGAGGACAAAGAGGUCAGACCGGAGAAACCGAAGGAGCUACUUGAGUUGGAGGACCAGCAUGCCCUGGACCAUCCCAGUCUGCAGACUAGUUUAACGCUUUCUUUUAACGACGAGCUGGAGCAGGUGCGCUCUGACCUCACGGACCAUUACUACAUAGAGCUGCAGGAGAUGAAGACGCGUCAUGCCCUGGAGCUGCAGCAACUUGGAGCCAAACUGUCUGACAGCCACGUUGAGGAACUAACCAGAAUUCACCUGGAAGCAGCAAGGCAGGUUGAGGCUGAGGUAGAACAGAGGACUUGGUACCUCACUGAACAGCUGCAAACAAGAAUGACGAUCAUCCACACUCUGGAGAACAGACUCACCUCCCUCAGUGAACGGCGCGAUGCAGAAAUGCAGUCAAACACACAAAAGCUUAACCUUGUUGAGAACGCUCUGAAAGAGGAACGAGGGAAGCUAAAAGAAGAGCUUCAACUGAAGCAUGCAAACGAGAUGUCUGCCUUGAAGCUGGAGCUUGAUGGGGAGAGGGGAUGCCUGGAAAUGGCUCUCCAGGAAGAGAAAGAGAAGUUCAGGUCUCUGCAGGUUGAUCUGGACAGAAAUGAAAACCCACAGGUCCUGAUGCUGAGACAGAGACUGGAGGCUGAGUAUGAGGGCGAGCUGCAAAAGGCAAAGGACUGCAUGUCUGCAGAAAUAAAGAAACUCAGCACUUUGAUGCAGGAGCAGAGCCUGGCCCAGCAGAGGUUACAAGAGGAGAAGGCAGCGCUGGAGCAGCAUUUGGUCCAGAAACACCAAACGGCUUUGGCAGAGCUAAAGAACAUACACGAAGCUGAACUCCAACGUGAGAGGACGACUCUGCUGAACAAACAUGCCACAGAAACGAACGACCUCACUGCCAAACACAAAGAGCAGCUAGAGUCGCUCAGUGCCAGUCUCAGGGUUCAGUUUGCAGCGGUGACCGCUGAGCUGGAGACUAAUCUCAACGCUCAGCUUGUUGCCGCAGAAACGGCUCUGGACUCCAAACGAAAGGAGGAACUAGAAGCCUUAGAGGCAGACUUGGCUCGCAAACACCAGGAAGAAAAGGAUGAGCUGGAGAAGAGGAUGCUGGGUAACAUGGAUACGUUAGAGACCACGUACCUGAAGGAAGUACAGGUGCUGCGCGAUGAGAUUGUUCAGCUUAAAGAACGACAUCAUCAAGACCUGGCGGUCCAGAGUGCAGAACACACACACCUGAUGGAGGAGCUGAGAAAAGAGUUGGCUCAGGUACACGUGGAGAAGUUUAGAGCCAUGGCAGCGGAGCUCAACCACCUUCACAGGACGGAGCUGGCUGUUCAGAAGCAGGCCUUAGACACCGAACACUGCAAAGCCUUGGAAACACUCAAGAAGCAGGUUUUGGAACUUGAGCAUCAGCACAGCACAGCUCUGCAGGAGCUCGCUCAGAGCUACGCCGCUGAGAAACAGCAGCUUCUAGAGCAACAGCAAAUCCAGCUUCAGGAGCUCAAAGGAACUUCUGCUCGUGAACUGGAGGCUUGUCGGAGGGAGCUGGAAGAAGAGUCGUCAAGGCAACGGCAACACUUCCUGGAGGAGGCGGAGCUCCUUAAAGUCCAAUCAGACGAGCGGCUGCAGGACCGGAUUAAUCAAGUGAAGACCGACUUUGAUGAGCAGAAGGAGGCGGAGCUUGAAGAGGCGAGGCGAAGCUUCACAGCCGAACAGCAGGAAAAAGAGCAGAGCUACACGAGCAAAAUGAGCCAGCUCACUGCCCAGCUGCAACAGCUGGACGCUGUGGUUGCCCAGCUGCGUGCAGAGGUUGGGUGUCUGCAGGAAGAGCUUCAAGGAAAACGUGUAGAGAUGGAGACCUUGGACACCAUCCUUCAAAGGAGGGAGAGAGAGAGUCAGGAGGGGGGUAAUCUUCUGAAGAUGCUCACUGAUGACCUACAUGCUGCUAAAGAGGAGAAAUGCAGACUUCAAAAUGCUAAUGAGAAGCUGAGUAAGGUACUGAUUGAGAUGCUUCGUGGUGUCAUAGCAACAGAAGAUCUGAUUGGACAAAAGAUCAAUACCAGAACCACCACAGGUGAGCAGGUGACCCACCGGAGCUCAGAGAACAAAGAUAUCCAGGAAUCAGACCUGACAUCAGAGGAGGCGGAGCUGACCCAGCUGCUCUGUGAAAGCCUGCUGGUUUCAGACUCCCAGAUCAGUCCUGCAGGAGAAGAGUCUGCUCUAAAUGCCUGCAGCAGGUUACGACACGCCGUUGACACGCUGCUGGAUCUGCUGAACCAGGCCAACGCUCAACUGGAGCAAACUCGUAACGUCCAUCUGUCUUUGGAGGAAAAGUUCUCCCAAGGCAGAGAAGACACCACCCAGCUCCUGGAACAACACAGACUCCUAAUGAAGCAACUCGACCAGGAGGCCAAGCUGAAGACUCAGCUGCAGCUGGAGCUCCACAAGGCCGAAGGGCUUUUGGGGGGCUAUGUGGCUGAAAAAGCUGCUUUAGAGGAGUCUCUGCAGCAGAAGGAGGCUCAAGAAGAAAAGUUGGUGGAGGAGGUGGAGGGUCUGAAGCUGAAGCUGCACCAGCUGCAGACCCUCACGGUUGAGCUGGAGAGCCUCAGAGCCAAGCAUCAGGAGCUGAGCGAGGAGCACACACUCCUCCUGCGCCAGAAGGAGCAUCUCUCUGCUGGACUUGGAGAGAGGGAGAAAGCUUUGCUAGCAGAAACCGAGCGUUUGAUCCAAGACAGGCUGGAUUUGCAGCGGCAGGCAGAGAAAGACCACGGCAGCCUGUCGCAGCGCCUCAGGGCUCUAGAGAGGGAACUGGAGGAUCACCAGACCAAAGACGUGGAGAAAGAGCUGCACCACCAGACCCACACCGAAGACCUGAGCCAGCAAGUCCAGGCUUUGGAGAAACAGUUGAAACACGACAGACAGUUUAUAGAGGAGCAGGCAGUGGAGCGAGAACACGAACGAGACGAGUUCCAGCAGGAGAUCCUCAGACUGGAAGCCCGACUCAGACAGACGACUGCUGUGGACCACAAAGGACACAAGUUUGAAGACUUGAUUUUGCAGGUGGAGAGUCUACAAGCUGUUCUCAAAGAUAAAACGGAGGACCACGCCUCGUUGCUUGCAGCCAAUCAGCAAGCUCAACGGGAUCUCGCUGAGCGAAACGAGGAAAUAGACAAGCUAGCGGGGCGAAUCAGAGAGCUGGAACAAGCGCUUCUUGGCAGCGCCGAGAGACUCCGCACUGUCAGUCAGCUGGAGCAAGAGCUUCACAGAGCCAAGUUGAGAGAACAGGAGCUGACUCGGGACAAGCUCGCUCUGGAGCAGCAGCAACUCUCCAGCAGGCUUCAGAUCUCAGCUCUGCAGUCCAAACUGGAUGAGACCAGACACUGUUACCAUGACAACACACAGGACCCCACUCAGGAGCUUAGGGAUGCCUUGGACACCGCUCAGCAGAACCUGCUCAGCAAAGAACAAGAGGUUGGGGUCUUGGUUGUGCAGUUGGAGGACGUGCAGAGAGACCUGGCCCUGAAGGAAGCUGAACUGAAACACCUCACGCUUCAGCUGGAGCUCCUCACAAAUAAGAGCACAGUUCACGCUCAGGAGCUCCAGGAGGAGAUUUCCUUCCUAAAUGAGAAAGUGUUGGCCCUCACCAGACCCAGCGAGGAGAAAGAAGAGCCCGCUGGCAUGGAGGAACCUGAUGAACACGCUCUUCCUGCAGCUCUUCUCCAGGAGAAAAACCAGGAGAUCGACCACCUGAACUGUGAGAUCCAAAGACUGGAGCAGGAGCUGGAGAACUCCGCAGAUCACAAGGCCUUGAAGGCUGAGCUGGAGGAUCUGCACUCUCAGGUUGAACAUCUUCAGGCUGAAAUAACAAGAGUACGUCACGAAAAGCAGGAAGAAGUGGAACGCCUCCAUGAGGUCAUCAGCACGCUGCAGGCAGAGCUUGCCACCUUGGGUCCUAACCUGCAUGAAGUCAGUGACUCUCAGGAUGGUGAUAGCAUCAACCCCUCACCUGCCCCGAGCCCGGAGCCUUACAGGGAUCAUGUCCCAGAACAAGAAGGGAGAGGGAAGCCCAAGAGUCUGAAGCAUGAGCUCAGCCUGACAAACACUGCCUCCCUCUGGUCUCGUCUCAAGGCCCUGCAGAGUCAGUUUGAGAUGGCCGUGGCUGAGAAAGAAGGAUUGGAGCGACUACUUCUCACGCAGGAGGAAGAGUACCGAAGACAGGGAGAGGAGUUUGGGAAGAGGCUCAAAGUCGAGAGGGAAAAGUCGGACGAAAUCCAAGGUUUCCUCACACUGAAGGAAGUAGAGCUGGAGGAGUUAAAAGCCAAACUUGAGGACGAGAGGAACCAUUGGAAGGUCCAAGUUGAAGAGAAAGCUCGCCUUGACUCCCUGGUUUUGGAUUUGCAGAAUAAUGAAAAAGACACAAGGAAGGAGAUUGAAAUGUUGAAAACGACAGAGAAGGAGAUGAGGCAAAAUAUGGAGGUCCUUGGAGAAACCAGCCUUACUCUUGAGAGGCAAGUCCAGGAGACGAGAGCAGAGGGCAGGGACAGGAUUCAGACGCUGGAGACGGUGAACGGAGAACUUUCAGCCGAACGGGACGCUCUGAGGAAUAGGGAGAGCCAGCUGCAGGAGGAAAUAGAAAAGCUGAGACAGGAAGUUACAUCACUGAAAGUCCUCGUGCAGGAGCUGACGGCUAAAGCCGAGGAGAAAGAGACGAAUCAAGAACAGGAAGAUCUGACUCACGCCGACGUGACCCUGGCUAAAGCAGAUACCGCUUUGAGACUGAGGGAGGCGGAGUUUUCCAAGCUGAGGACAGAGUACGAGACACUGAGGACGGAGCUGACUGCUAUGAAACAAGGGCUGAGCUCCACCACAAAGAAAACGGAAAGCUUUCAUGACAACAAACAGACCAAAGAUCAAUAUCUUGUUGACCUGGAAACAGAAAACAAUCAGCUGAAGGCAGAACUGCAGCAUCUCCAGGAGGACCUAGCGCUACAGGAAGAGAAACUAGCAUACCAGAGAAGAGAACUACAGGAACUACAUCAAUGGCGUCACCAGAGCUUCCCACAGCGGGACGUUUCUCACCUGGGCUUUGAGGAUGGUCUGACCAUCUCCCGUGAUGAAGCGUCUCUGAGCUCUCCAGAAGUUUUGAGGAGACUCGAUUGUUCCGAAGACAGAAUCCGAGAACGCUUUCAAACUUCUGCACUCGACUCCCGUCUGUUUGAGCUCAGCGGCAUGAACAACACAAGCCUCGAUCCUCCUCAGGAUAAAACCUCUCCCAGGGUUGCUAUGGAGCCUCCGCGCUCCAGGACCAUCACUCCAGAUCCAGAAACUCAGAGCAGCCACUCUCCAAAGUCUUUAUCCGGCUCUGACAACUUCUCCGUUCUCAACUCAGUGGAGGCUGAAAAAGAGCUGGAAGGACUUGACCUAACAGCACCUCCAUCUCCUCUUGGCUCCACCUCCUCCCUGUCGGCACAAGAAUGGAACACCAGUGAUGGUUACGGCAGCAACGUGAGUUCAGAGCUGGGCGCGAGGCUGAGAGUGGAGCUGGAACAAACGGAAAGGCUGGAUGCUCAGUUUGUUCAGUACCUGCGCUGCAGAGGCAUGAACCCCACUGCCAACACAGACAGUGCUGCAGGGAGCAUGAGCUACUGUGAUGACUUGUCACCUGAACUUCAGGAUCUGUUAAAAAAAGUGUAUCAAGAAAGCUGCAGGAUUCUCACUCUGAGCCAGCGUGGCGCCGCUCCAUCAGCCCAUCCUCGUGUUUUUGAUCUAAAAGCCUUCCCCACCGAUCAGACUCGGCGUCUCUCAACUUCAGGGGACCGUGGCGAUAAAGCACCAUCACCUGAUCCUCCCAUGAGCUGGCAGCAGGAGAAGAGAGCGCUGCAGGAGACGGUGAUCGCUCUCAGAGAGCUGCUCUGUCGAAUGGCUCAGAGAAACACACAGUCUGAUUACAUCGACGAUGACUGGCACAGACGCCAGCUACAGACCGACGGGCAGGUGGAAUCUCAGCUGAGGGCAGAGCUGGAGGAGAACCAGAACCAGUUAAAAUGUUCCCACAAUGCUUUGCAGGAGCAAAAGAAUAAAAUACUGUCACUUAGGCUGACUGCAGAGGAAGGGGAGGAAGCUUUGAGGAGGGAACAGACCAAAGUUAAGGAGCUUCAGAAAGAACUGGAGCAGGAGAGAGCUCUGAUUCUCCGUAGAGACAAAGAGGAGGAGGAGAGGAGAGAGGCCGCUCAUGUGUCCCAUGAGAAGCACCGCUCUGAGGUGAACUCUCUAAAGGGCCAGGUGGAGCAGGAGAUGGUGGCCUUCAGCAAUCUCAAACAAGAGCUACAGAUCGAACAAUCGCGAAGUUCGCUGUUGGAGAAGCGCUUGGAGGACACUCACAAAGCUCAAGAAGAUGAACGCCAGCGUUUUGCACAUCAGCAGGAGCUCUGUUUACAGGAAAAGUCUCAAAUCGAAUGCCUUCUGCAUGAAGCGGAGUCUCGCCUGACUGAAAUCCACUCUAAGCUCGCGGAUUCUCACAAGAGGUUUGAUGAGGAGCGAGACCGCUGGUCCAGGCAGGUGGACGAGCUCAGCCGCAGACAUGAGGCCGAUGCAGCCAGAGACCAGAAUUUCAUCUUAGAGCUGCGCUCCCAGCUGGACCAGGAGCGGAGGCAGGAGGAGGAGCUGGCAGCUGUGGUGAACAAGCUGAGGACCGAGCUGCUUCAGAGCAGGAGAAGAUGGGAAGAAGAGGAUAAAACGAGGCGGGAGCAGCUUCAGAGGGAGCAGGAGGCGGUUAGCAAGUACCGAGUUCUAGUGGAGACUUUAAAAGAGCAAAAACAGGACAUCACCCAUGCUUUAGAGGCUGAGAGGGAGCAAUCCAGACGACACGGGGUGGAACUAGUGGAGCUGAAGGAGAUGGUCCGUCUGCUAAAGGAGAAGGAGAGGGAGAGGGAGGACCAGGUCGAGAGGGAGAGGAGAAGGGGAAGGCAAGAGCAGAAGGACAGGGAGAUUCGUCAGGAGAGGACCAAUAAAAAGCUUCUGGAGCUGGAGAUGCUGAGGCAGCAGGACCAGCGGCGCAUGCAGGAGCUGCAGUACACGCUCACCGAGCUGGAGAGAGACGAGAGAGAGAUGGUUGCUCAGAGGCUGUCUGGCUCGGCCCCGGGACAGCAGCUCGAAGCCGCGCCUGCUUCUGUGCCGCGUCACAGUAACUCCCCGGCUGACCGCGACCAGACCGCCACCUCACAGCCACGCCAGCAGGUGGGGUCCACACCUUCAUCUAGCCUGUUGGAGAGUUUGCUGAAGGAGAAUUCGACGUUGACAGAACAGGUGACAUCACUGAGUCGUGAGCGGACCACGUACAAAAAUAGGCUCACCUGUGUGGAGAAACAGCUGCGGCGAGCAGAGAACGAGCUCGCCAAGGUCGCUGCAGAAACAGAAAACCGACCCGUUAAUGAUGCAACCAGCAACAGCAGGCUGCAGCGUUACUACGAGCGCUACCUGCGCGCCGAGAGCUUCAGGAAGGCCCUGGUUUAUCAAAAGCGCUACCUGCUGCUCCUGCUGGGAGGGUUUCAAGACUGUGAGGAGGCCACGCUGUGUCUGAUUGCUCGUAUGGGAGCACGGCCCUCGCCCCCCCUCACAUCCCAACGCAAACCCCUGAGGCGAUUCAGGGCGGCGGUUCGAGCCGUCAUAGCGGUGUUCAGAAUGAGGUUCCUCACUAGGAAAUGGCAGAGAGCAAUCAGACGACUCCCCUACUCAGGGACGGCUAAUGGACACGCCCCAGCAGGACCUAAAGCUGAAGUCUUAAGGCAGCAGCAGCCUAGAUCAAACUCUGACCCAACACAGGUCAGAGACAACAGUAACCAUGGAGACGGUGUGUUCUCCAUAGUUCCAUCCAGCAAGUCUUUCAGGUGGCGCAGCAGAUUGCACUCCGACACCACUUUGUCCUCCGGUGGGACGUCUCAGGAUCCUGAGCGGUCCCUGACAGAAUACAUCCAUCAUCUAGAGAAAGUACAGCAGCGUUUGGUGGGAACUUUGCAAGGUUCGUCUGACCCAAAGUAGUCCGUCCACUAAAAGACGAAAUGUUUCUUCUUCGUUUUUCCUUCCUGCACAGACCAAGCCUUACCUUUAUAUCUUUUUUGUAUAGUUUUAAGCAAGUGUCUAAAUUAUUUUAAAAAUAAAUCUAAAUGUAGUUUUUCUAUUGUAAAUCCACAUUUUGAGAUGCUGCAAGAAGAAAUAUUUUCAAAUUUGUAAAUGGUGCUUCAUCGCUGUUUUACAUAAUUUUCUGUUAUGUAAAGGGAUUUCUGUUGAUUGUGUUUGAUUUUAAACAUGCACUGAUUUUAUACUGGAAGUUACCAACAUGCAUAUCGAGUUGCACAAAGCUGGACCUUAAACGCUUUAGUAAUGUGUGUCUCUGUUAUAAAACUAUUAAAGGAGUCCUUUACAUAACUUGAAA